ACUGGCACUGAGCAACUUCCAAACUUCAUGAAAAUAUCUUUGAAUGCACUUUACGACAUUACCAAUAAUUUUGCUGAAAAGGUCUACAAGAAGCAUGGAUUCAACCCUAUAGACACUCUUAAAAAAUCGUGGAUACGCUUAUUGAACGCUUUCAUGGAAGAGGCUCGUUGGUUGAAUUCUAGUCAUUUGCCAAGGGCAGAGGAUUACUUGAACAAUGGAAUUGUGAGCACCGGAGUCCAUGUUGUGCUUGUACAUGCAUUCUUCUUGUUGGAUCAUGUUAAUGGUAUAACAAAGGAGACAGUUGAUAUCUUGGAUGAAAAAUUUCCAAAUGUCAUAUAUUCGGUGGCAAAAAUUCUUCGUCUCUCUGAUGAUUUAGAAGGAGCUAAGAGUGGUGAUCAAAAUGGUCUUGAUGGGUCAUAUCUUGAUUGCUUCAAGAGUGAACACCAAGAUAUUUCCGGCGAAGAGGUGCAAAGACAUGUUGCUCGCAUGAUUUCAAAUGAAUGGAAAUGUCUCAAUCAAGAAAUUCUGGUCACAAAUAAGUUUUCAUCAUCAUUUUCCAAUUUUUGUCUCAAUGCUGCAAGAAUGGUUCUCCUCAUGUACCACUAUAAGAGCAACUCAAGCCUCUCUAAUCUCCAGGAACAUGUCAAGUCAUUGAUUAAUGUUGGUGUUGGAUGCAAUUAGUACAUACUCAUAUAUUGUGAUCUGUUGUUUAUGUAUAACAUAUUGAUUUUGUAAUUUAUACUAGGAAAUAUUGUUGUCAUGGUUCUAAUGUUACUAAUUUCCCAUCUGUUUAUU